AGUUACGAUACUCACCUCAAUAGAUUUCAACGCAUGAUUUCUGGGUCUCUUUUUCAUUCAAUGAUGCAUUCGGCUGAUGAUUUAACUCCGGAUUCUGGUAGUCCACUCUCGGCUGAUGAUUUACCCUCGGGUUCUGGUCUUCGACCACUCUCGGCUGAUGAUUUACCUUCGGGUUCUGGUCUUCGACCACUCUCGGCUGAUGAUUUACCUCCGGAUUCCGGUCGUCCAUGCCGCAUCCAAUGGAGCCCAUGCUGGGUGCUGGAUAACACUGUAAAGCUGGCCUCAGGCUUGACGGCGGCGGAGGAGGCCGCCUAUGAGGACAUCCAGGGGUAUUUCCGUCUUCUGGAGGCAGACCGAGACAGGCUCCGGGAGCUCGUCAAGAAGCCUAGUGAGAGGAUGCUGUGGAGACGGGAGCUUCAGAGGGCUUGCCACCAGGACGACUGGGAUGACUUGCGGAAGGAGUUGAAGCAAAUGCAGCACGGAGUAAGGACAUGCGAGGCUGUCAUCAGAGACACCAUUGUCAAGAAAGAAAUACUCAACGAUGAGUUGGAGAGAGAGAUUGCGAUAAUGCACAUCUGUAAGAGCUGGUAUUCCCUGCUCGAUGUCAAUUUCGCUCCUGCUGUGGAGAAGGUGCGUGAGGAGACAUGGUGGUUUAUGGAAUUGGCUGAAAAACACCAGGCCUCUCUGGUUCCCGUUGACAACCCUGACACAGCUGACCUCGACCAGCAGAAGGAAGCUGACGAAGCCACCAAGAAGGCACAGGAGGAGGCUGAAAAGGCAGCCAAAGAAGCACAGAAGCAAGCUGAGAAGGCAGCCAAGGAAGCUGAGAAGCCAAAUGAGAAGGCACAAAAGGAAGCUGAAAAGGCAGCCAAGAAGGCAGAGAAAGAUGCUGAGAAGGACGCUAAGGUGGCAGCCAAGGAAGCAGAGAAGGCCGCCAAGGCAGCACAAGAGGAAGCUGAAAAGCUUGCAAAGAAGGCACAGGAGGAAGCUGAAAAGGCAGCCAAAAAAGCAGCCAAGGAUGCCAAGAAGGCACAAGAGGAAGCUGAAAAGGCAGCCAAGAAGGCUCAGGAGGAGGCUGAAAAAGAAGCCAAGGUGGCAGCCAAGGAAGCAGAGAAGGCCGCCAAGGAAGCUGAAAAGGCAGCUAAGGUGGCGGAAAAGGAAGCAGACAAGGCUGCCAAGAAGGCACAAAAGGAAGCUGAAAAGGCAGCCAAAGAAGCUGACAAGGCUGCAAAGAAGGCACAUAAAGAAGCUGAAAAGGAAGCAAAGAAGGCCCAGAAAGAAGCCGAGAAGGAAAUCAAGAAAGCCGAAAAGGCAGCGAAGGCAGCAGAGAAGGAAGCUGAAAAGGCAGACAAGAAAGCACAGAAGGAAGCCGAGAAGGCUGUCAAGAAGGCCCAGAAAGAAGCCGAGAAGGAAGCGAAAGAAGCUGAGAAGGCCGCCAAGAAGGCAGAGAAGGAAGCGGAAAAGGCUGCCAAGGAGGCACAAAAAAACGCAGAGAAGGCUGCUAAGCAAGCAGAGAAAGAAGCAGAGAAGGCUUCAAAGAAGGCACAGGAGGAGAAGAAAAGGGCACAGAACAGCAGCCAAUAAAGCACAGCCGGGGAUCAGUGAGGUACAAUGGAUCCAGUCAGCACGCCUGGUCCUCCCACCCCAAAUGCCAGGGUGGAGUAUGUGGAGGGGAAAACGAGCAGCUUCGAAUGAAUGGCUGUGAGAGAGAUAGCAAAAGUAAAUUUCCAUUGUUAUACUACUUCUAAAAGGCACAUAGAUGAACAUUUUUAAUUUAAUGAAAAGUGAAUGCAGAGGUAAUUUAUGAUUAAUUCCUAAAAUUUCGCUGAUAUUACUUUAAUCUGCGAAAUUAAACAUAUUUAAGGAUAUAGGCUAUACUACCCCCCGCUGUGGAAGCCAUUUCCUGGCACUAAUAGAGCCCGGAGAGCAUCCCUGAGCUGGCAUUUUGAUAUAGAAAAGAAGCAGUCCAUAUCAUAGCAGUCAAUGGGAUUAGUCUGACUCCUUAUAGAGGCUACAGUAUUAUACCUGGGCUCUAUUAUUCUCAUGUGCUUUUGAUCAUUCAGCAUUUGCAGAUGAUCAUGUCAACAUGGUCCACUGUACAUCGUGACCAAAAAAAUUCAAAAUAGGAACUUCUGAAAAACUGCAUUAUUUUGUCCAGUAGGGCAAAAGGACAGGUGCUUUAGCACCACCACAUUCGUAUCUGUUAUGGUUGUAGGCCUAUAUACUGUGACGAUGAUAAUGAGUGUUGAUGUUGCUCUGCUAACAGCAGCUAUUCAAAUUCAAAUUCAAAUUCAAAGCUAUUCACUGCCAUCCAUUCGAAACUUCCCGUGUUCCCCUCUGCAUACGGGCCAGACGUGCUGACUGGAUCUAUAUGGACUUAAAAAAGGACAAACAGCGAGAGACUGAGGAGUGAAGAAAACCGUAACUCCCGUCAUAUAAACUCUGGGCUGUGCCACUUGUCAACAUGGCUUCUCACUUGAAUGUAUAUACUGUAUAUAUUUAACUUUUAUUUUCAUUAUCACUAUCAUUAAAACUAACCAACAAAAACCCUGAA